UAUUCGAGGUGGGCCGCGUUGUUCGCCAGCUUCAGGUGACCUGCGCGAAACAUCUCAAAUAAAAGAAACGAUGCCCUUCGAUUAUCCCGCCAUGGUACUUCAUCUUGGUAUUUUUGAAUGAAUCAUGCCCCAUGUUUAUCAUUUUUUGUUUCUUUGUGUUUUUGUUUUCUUUCUUUUUCUUUUUGUUUUUUUUACUUUCUGUGCACAGCAAUUGCUCUGAAAUUUGUGGACUGAGUGCACCAAAUACGAUAGAACAGUGGGAUACCUCAGGCCUCUACAGCUACCCUGACCAAACCAGAUCUCUGGACGGGCGUCUGCAAGUGUCUCACCGCAAAGGUCUGCCUCAUGUCAUCUACUGCCGCCUGUGGCGAUGGCCCGACCUGCACAGCCAUCACGAGCUGCGUGCCAUCGAGACCUGCGAGUACGCCUUCAACCUCAAGAAGGAUGAAGUCUGCGUCAACCCCUACCACUACCAGCGGGUGGAGACGCCAGUUCUUCCUGCUGUCCUCGUGCCAAGACACACGGAGAUCCUGACUGAGCUGCCUCCUCUGGACGACUACACCAACUCCAUACCUGAAAACACCAACUUCCCAACAGGGAUCGAGCCUCCUAACAAUUAUAUACCAGAAACUCCUCCAACGGGAUACAUCAGUGAGGAUGGGGAGGCCAGCGACCAGCAGAUGAAUCAAAGUAUGGACACAGGUUCUCCUGCGGAACUGUCACCAAGCAUACACUCGCCUGUCAAUCAUGGCAUGGACCUUCAGCCAGUGACUUACUCAGAGCCCGCGUUUUGGUGCUCCAUAGCUUACUAUGAACUAAACCAGCGGGUCGGAGAAACAUUCCACGCCUCUCAGCCUUCCCUCACCGUGGACGGCUUCACAGACCCCUCCAACUCAGAACGCUUCUGCCUGGGCCUGCUGUCCAACGUCAACCGCAACGCCACCGUGGAGAUGACCCGAAGACACAUAGGACGAGGGGUCAGGCUGUAUUAUAUUGGUGGGGAAGUGUUUGCCGAAUGUCUUAGCGAUAGCGCCAUCUUUGUUCAAAGCCCUAACUGUAAUCAGAGGUAUGGCUGGCACCCUGCGACAGUCUGUAAAAUCCCUCCAGGCUGUAACCUGAAGAUCUUCAAUAACCAGGAGUUUGCGGCACUGCUGGCUCAGUCGGUGAACCAGGGCUUUGAGGCUGUAUAUCAGCUGACCAGGAUGUGCACCAUUCGCAUGAGUUUCGUUAAAGGCUGGGGAGCCGAGUACAGACGGCAGACGGUGACAAGCACCCCCUGCUGGAUCGAGCUUCACCUGAACGGCCCCCUGCAGUGGCUGGACAAGGUCCUGACCCAGAUGGGCUCGCCCUCCGUACGCUGUUCCAGUAUGUCCUAAUCGCUGUGACCAAGCUCUCUGUCCUCUGCCUCCAAAACGACUGAUUCUACAAUCACAUCAACCGACAACUCGAAGAACAACAGACUUACUCGAGCCCCGCCCCCUCUUUCUCUUUCAUAGUAAUCGUGAGCCUUUCUCUAUCUUUGUCCUCCCGACACUGAUGUUCUCUCCGUUCGGACCUGAACGCAGCACUUGCUGUCUCAUCAGCUUCAUGCACCUUUAAUUCUCUCUUGUUUUCUUUCAUAAAUCCUCAAUAUUACAUGUAUUAGUAGUAGAAUUUGAAAUGUAUAUUGUUUUUUUAUUUUAUUUGUAUGGUUUUCGAGAAGGAGGGAAGGUGCGUAUGUUGUGUGGAAGUUCAAGAAGGCAGUAAAUAACUUCACACACUUGUAGCAGCAAGGCUUUUCCCCCCCUGAUGAAGUACAUACUCUGAUACUCUUUUAACGAUUAAUUUUCCUGGAUGCCGGUCCCAAUCCGGUCGUUCAAGGAGGUUACUUUUUCUGGCAAAAAGUCACGUUCUUUGUUUUUAUAAACGUUAUUAUUGUGUAGAUUGACACGUUAAGGCUUAAUCAUGGUUUUUGAUUUUCUUCAGUAAUGCCAAAAGAUACUUUUAUUUUAUUUUAUUUUAUUAUUAUUUUUUUACGAUUUCUUUCCCCAAACCACUAUAUAAGAAUGUUGCCUUUGAUUUGAGGUAUGCUGCUGUAAGUCAUGCUUCUUUUCUUCAAACUUAUAGAAUGUUUAACGAAAAAAAAAAAAAAAGGACCCCACGUUCAAUUCGAACUUUACGCCGCCCCUCGGAAUUAACUUUUUAUUCACUGUGGAGUGGUUUUGGAGUCUGGUUUCUUCAGAAAGUGGCUUCUUUUAGGGACUUUCGAAGGUUAUUAAAGCGUCUCGCGCAGUCCAGAUCUUUAAAAUAAAAACGACAAAAGAAUAAAAAACAAAUCCAAGUAUUUAAGCUUUAAGUGUUUAUAAACUAGGUUAUCCUUCACAAUUACAAGAUUUUGUUUCCCUUUAUCUUUCUUUUAGCUACUUUUUGUAUUUUCAUGUAUUUUUAUAUAUAAAUAUAUUUAAGAUCUUUAAAGCUCUCUUCCUUUUUAUUAGAAUUGAAUAUUUUUUUAGAUCAUGCCCUCUUUUUAAAGGAACAUGGCUUCAUAUUGAAAUGUCCUAUCAUACGAAAACGUUAUUUAGCAUGACAUUUUUAUAAGCGCAAAUAUCUUUUUUUCUCCGCUGUCUAAUUCAAGCUGUUGUCACGUUUCGCCCUGAUCUCGAACCCCCUGAAGUACAUUUGACUUUAAUUUUCUUUUAGUUGCUUUCCUCCCAUGUUCACAACACGAUACUGUAUAACCCACCGCCACUCAAAGUAUGGCUACCCGAAACCAUGGCGAUGUUCUAUUUGUUUGCAAUUGGGG